CCCCGCGGGGUCUCGGCCCCCUGGCUGGCUGGCGGAGGCGGGACUCGGUGCUGGCCGCGCCCGGGGCGCUGGGCUGCAGCCGAGCAGUCCCGGUGCCGGCAGGAUGGGCUGCGGGGGGAGCCGAGCCGAUGCCAUCGAGCCGCGCUACUACGAGAGCUGGACCCGCGAGACCGAGUCCACCUGGCUGACGAACACCGACACAGAGCCCCCGCCGCCGGCCUGCGGCCACGAGAGCGCCCGCGCCGAGGCCGGACUGCGGGACCAGGGCGCGCCGCACCCGGGUAUGCUGGAGGAUGAAAAAUCAACUCAGACCUGUGUUACCAUGUCCUCGACUGCAAGUGGAAUAAUUAACACUGAGAAGAAAACUAGCUGUGGUACUCAAUGCACAAAACCCACGGUCCAUGCCCCUGGAACUAUGACACAGAAACACAAUGGCUUCAGAACAGCAGAGGCUAAAUGGGACACCAAGAAAAUGUCCACAAAAGAAGUCACUAUUAACGUUACAAAAAGCAUCAGACAAAUUGACAGCGACAGAAGAAUCACAAAGAAUCGUGUCAAUUAAAGGAGUAAAGCAAAAGUGAAGAUGGACCUAACAAUACUUUGCUGCACUUUAACUAUGACUAAUCACUUAAGAUUUGAAGAUCUCAAGAUGUUCUGUGUUGAAAGCAAUGGGCAGCGGCUGCUGAGUGCCUUGAGAAACGUUUUAACUAGCAGUAAAUAGCUGCAAACACUGUUGGAUGUUCAGACAUGUAUUUAUCUAUUGCAAUGGCACUGUACAAAAAUAUAACAAAAUAUGUGCCAUUUUUCUAUCCAAGCCCUGUGCUAUCUAACUGUAGAUUUUCUAUGCUGCAUUGCUGUUAGGGAUUGGACAAUUAGAGCUGCAGUUCAUCUCACUUUAAAACAGAGAAAGAAUAAUUAAUCUGUGUUACUAGUAAGUAGCCUGAAUGUGUUACCUUCUGUUUUAUAAAGUUAAAGAUCUGACUUUCAUAAAAACUCAAACCCAGAUAUCUCAGAAGUAAAGAAACACAAAUGGCUUCCAAUUUUAAACUAUAUAUGUGAUCCAUGAGUCAUAUUGUCUUCUGCUUAAAUUACCUUGUUUCAAGUUAGUUUCUAUAUCAGAAGAGUUUAGGUCUUGAAAGCAAUAAUACUCAUGUUGUUACCAGUCUAAUGAAUCCAAAGUACCCAGUUUUAGCUCACAGGUAGUGUUCAGUUUACAUUCUGUCUUGGCUCUUGCUCAGUUCUCCCUUCAGAAACACCAAACUGAGAACUGUUUUACAAGAUUUUGUAAGACACUCUUCACUUUCUAACUUUAUAUAUAAAUAAGCAGACUUCCCCAAAUAAUUUCAUAAUGAUUACAACUGCAAGAAGAUUAUCUUUAUUUGAUAAUUAAAUUUAAUUGAUUUAGCUUAUAUUCUUGUUCUUUCAAUAUAUAGAAAAUGGGCAGAACAUACAUUUUAAUUGCAUUAUAUCCUGUGUCACUGUACUGUAUAUUUAGCAUAAGUAUAUUCCCAAGAAAUCAAUGUAAACUUUUGUACAGACCACUAAUUAAUAUAAGACCCUCUUAACAACAAAGUAAUGAGUUUGAUAUAAACCCACUGUGGUUUUGACUUUGGACUUUUAUGGUGAUAAGAGCAGUAAAAUCAUUUUACUCACUCAUUAUACACCUAUGAGCAUCCUUGAGGUGUCGUUUACAAUAAACUAUUCAGCAACCGUUAACGCUCAUGACUUAUAAUAGGUGGAGGUGGGCAGAAACUGAUCAAUGUCUGAGCUGCAUAAGGUACUUCUUUUUUAUACCUAGGCAAACACAAUCAUAAAUAGAUUUCUGGAAUGGCAUCCUAAUGUAUUCCACAUGAGAAGUCUUUUAAGAAGUCAACAUCAGGUUUAUGAGUAUGUAUUACUUUACUUGGAAUACAGCAAGUAUAUGCAGUAAAGAAUGUUUAAAUAAGUAAUUGUUUUUAUAAUUCUUAUAGAAAGUGAAGUCCAGUCUUUGCCAGAAAUAUGUUGCAUGCAGUAGAGUUUGUAUAGUUUUAAAACCAUUUAUAAUAUGUAGAUUUUCAAAGGAGGGGGCCAAAGAUCCCAUUCUUAGCAACUCUUUUCAACUCAUUGUUUUACCUGAGCUGUGCAUUUAUGUACCAUAAACUAAGCAGCAUUGAAAGUUGAGUGGUGUAGGUGAAAACAGCUGCUACUCACAUUUAUCUCACCUACUUAAUGGAACUUGCCAUCUUGCUCUGUACCUCUUAGACUCACUCCUUAAAAUAAGCAGUGGCUGUUGUAACUCAAUAUUCUUCCUUAGCAAUGGGUGGCCAUUGUUGUCUUUGGCAGUAUACAAAUCUAACUGAAAGUACAAAUGAAUGAUUCUCUGUUAUUUAUGUAGAGCAUAACAUAUAGAUGGUAUUGCCCGUGGGACAGCUGUGCCAAACCAAUAACGUUCUUGACUCACAGGGCUUACAGUCAGAGACAGUAUAGUACAAUCCAAUCCAGCAAAGGAGCAGUUGGUGGCCCGUGUAGCCGUGGUGCGUCAGGGAACAAAUAGAUUUAAAAGUGUCUUUUGAAGAAGAGAGAGGUUGCUUUACGCACGUUUGCUGUUCCACUGGUAUGGGAGAAAGUAAGGAGUGGGGUGUGAGCAAAGGAGACAAAGUGAAGAGAAGGAUUUCAGGUAGCAAAAUAAUUUGUAAUCUAAUAAUUUAAAUGGAAACACUGUUUUUAUUAUUUUGGGGUUUUUUAAAUUCUGUAUAGCUUGUGUUAACCAUACUCAGAAACUGAAGAUCUAUUGUCCAAUAACAGUAAACUGAGUUCAGAGGAACUUUUUGUAUUAAAUAACUGGAGCUACUCAUAGUACUACAAUUUAAAUGUGGAACUCACUAAUGACUAAACCCAGCAUAACAGGAAAUCAAGACAUGGAAAAGAAAGGUUACAAUCUAGGUGUUGUGUGAAGAUUCUACCACAAGCAUUACUUGAUUUUUGUGACCCUUGUAUAUGUAUUGGGAAUAUGUGUAAACUGUUCCACACAUCUUUUUCUCUACAGAUGGGCCCAAACUAAAACAUUUGAUCCAAACACCCAUGAAUUUUAUGGCUUUUGAAAUCCAGAUUCAAAUUCUGUGUCUUGUGCUAUUCACUAAGUUACGACUGUUUCAUAAAGGCCUAUGGAAAAAAAAAAAUUUCUCUAAAGGCUGGAUACCCUUUGGAUCAUACACUCUUAUGGUUAUUACUUAGGCUAUGUCUUCACUACCCGGCGUAUCGGCAGGUAGCAAUCGAUCGCUCGGGGAUCGAUAUAUCGCGUCUCAUCUAGACGCGAUAUAUCAAUUCCCGAACAUGCUUAUAUCAAUUCUGGAACUCCACCAACCCGAACAGAGUUGUGGAGUCGACAUGGGGAGCCACGGACAUCGAUUCCGCGCUGUGAGCAUGGUGAGUAAUUCGAUCUUAGAUACUUCGACUUCAGCUACGUUAUUCACAUAGCUGAAGUUGCGUAUCUGAGAUCGAUUUUCCCCCAUAGUGUAGACCAGCCCUCAGAAAGACAACUACUAUAAACGCUCAAACUGGGGCGGUCUCAGAAAUCUUCAGUCCAUGUGUGACUUUCAAAGAAUAUAAGGUAAUAGAUUAUAACCCCAACUAUCCAUUCACUUUCUGACAAUGUGAGAUGAGCUGAACUCUGUGAGAUACUUUGUUUUUAACUGCUUUAUUUUACACCGUGGACAUAAUAUGAUAGGAUUUUUGUUGACAGGAGGAGAAGAGAAAGCAUUCUACAGAUACACUGUUCCUGGUAGGGAAGUUUAAAGUUUCCGAUGGAGAAGUUUUGCCUUUGUUCUGA